AUGGCUGACCCGGACCCUCUGCAGCUGCUCGAGAUCUGCACUAAUUGUAGAAAACCUGAGACCAAGGUGAAUCCACUAAAGUCAUGCGGCAAAUGCAAAAUAACCCCCUACUGCUCGCGGGACUGCCAGAAAUCGGACUGGAAGUCAUACAAGAAGAGUUGCGCCCAGAGCGCCCAUGACCGAGCAGAACGGAUUGAAAACAUCAAAUCCAAAUUGGCAUCGGCAACAGCUUCGGUCGUCGACAGCCUUGCCCCGACCAGCGGUGUUGAAUCCACAGAGGAAACAAACAAACCUCAAUCCUCCUCCUCAUCGGCACCUAACCAUACUUCAGCAGCGUCGAAUCCUGAUACCGCGAAGGCUCUUGACAAGGGAGGACCGGCGCUUACUGUCAAAAUCACCGACCCAUUUCAGAAACUCAAGGAAAAGAAAUGGUUACACGAUCGACCCAAGGAAGACAUCUACAAACUGCUAAUCGACGCUUUCCGUUUGCGCAUGGAUGACGACUUCAAGUUCCUGGAACUCCGACACGCGAAUACGAUCUACGACGACAUCUCCUGUGAUGGAACCCCCAGUCUCGAACUUUUCAUCCGAAUGGCCGUGUUGUAUCCGGUUCCGGAAUGGUGGAACGAAAGCGAACUCGCUUCUUGUCUUGAGUACGCAAAGCUUCUCACCUGGAGCAACAUCAUGGUCAAAAUCACUGCCGACGAUGUCAAAGCAUAUUAUGGGGAUCCAUCAAUGGUGUUGCAAUUGCGCAUCUUUGCAGAACAGGUCGUUGAGAAGGGCGGGAUUGGAAUUGACUUUUUGAGUAUGCUGGAUGUGGGAGUUAUGCUGGAACGGUCGCACGAGUUUCUCAACUACGUCCAUCGGCCGAUGGAAGUAGAAGCGGAGGUAGGAGAGCAUUAUUAG